AACUCAUAUUUGAACUCGUAUUUGAACUCAUAUUUGAACUCAUAUUUGAACCCACGGACCUACUAUAACGGCUCCAUCGGCCUCGGUGAGGGAGAGAGGGAGGGCGGGUUUACCGUGCACACCUUACGGCCAGUCUCCGCCCUUCCUCUAGCUACCUCUUCACUCAAUGUUGUUGCCGCUUUAGUAGUGGCACGGCAUCCCGUUUUUGUGUGCCACGCAUAAAGAAGAAGAAAAAACAAACACACUAAGCUAACAAAGCAUCCCAUUUUGGGAUUUAAACGAUGGCAGACAGCUGAAACCUGCCCAUCGACCACUCAGCGUUUACAGGAUAUAUUUUCAGAUUCUCUCUGCGUCCUCACCUGAUCAGAACACUGUGUCUGUCUCUAAACCUGCAGGCUGCCACUCUUCUCCUCACAUAUGCUGCAUGAUCUGCAUGGUAACAUGAUGGAGGUGGCCGGUCCCUGGACGGAAGUAUUCGAGGGCUCGGAGAUGACGGAGACGUCUGGAGGAGCAGAGACGCUGCUGGGGAGCUCCACUCUGACUCUGGCUCCUCUGAUAGCCGACUCGCCAUCCGUACGGCGCUCCCUGCCCAUCAGGAUCACCUUGAACAGGGCGAAAGGCGGCGAGUCGUUCUCUUCCUCUGUCCCGGCGAUACCCAACCCGUUUCCAGAGCUGUGCAGCCCCUCCAAGUCUCCAGUGCUCAUCAGUUCACUUCCUCCACCGGCGACUAACAAACAUUUGAUCAAGGUGUACGGAGAGGACAGCCACAGCCGCUCGGUGUGGGUUUCUCGGGCAGCGACAGCCAGAGAGGUGUGCCACAUGUUGGUCCAGACGGCUCACUGCAGCGACCAGGAGAACUGGGCUCUCCUGGAGCUCCACCCCACCCUGGGCCUGGAGAGAUGUCUGGAGGACCACGAGGUCGUGCUGGAGGUUCAGGCGACCUGGUCCCUGAAAGGCGACACCAGGUUCGUUUUCUGCAAAAACUACGCCAAGUACGAGUUCUUCAGGAAACCAAUGCUCUUCUUCCCAGAGUGCAUGAUCUCCGACAGCGCAGAUGUCAGCAAGGGGAUGACAUCGUCAGAGCUCAUUAAGAACCUGCUGAAGUCUGGGACGUGUCCAGAGAUUCAGGGCUUCCUGCAGGUCAAAGAGUCCAGUCGGAAAGCCUGGAAGAAGGUCUACUUCUUCCUCCGCCGCUCGGGACUCUACUGCUCCACCAAAGGCUCCUCCAAGGAGCCUCGCCACCUGCAGUAUGUGGCUGAUCUGGAUGACUUGAACGUGUACACUGUGGUGAACAGCCGUAAACUGUACGGCGCGCCUGCAGACUUCACCUUCUGCAUCAAGCCUUUCAGAAAUCCCAUCCGUACCCAGGACCUGAAGAUCCUGUGUGCCGAGACCGAACAGAUACGAACGUGUUGGACGUCCGCUUUCAGACUGUUCAAGUACGGGAAGCAGCUUCAGUGCAACUACCAGCUGUCGAAGUCGGCCCCGCGGAGCCUGGAAGGAACCAAACUCCCCGAUGACAAAUCCAAGUCGGAGGCGAGCCUGGUGGCCAUGGACUUCUCAGGGAAGGCCGGCGGACGGGUCAUCGAGAACCCGACAGAGGCCCAGAGCGCAGAGAGGGAGGAGGGACAAGCCUGGAGGAGGAGAGAAGCCCUGAGGUGCAGUCUCCCCAACGUAAACUCUGGCGCCAGGCCGUCCUCCAUCCACAAGACCCAGCCGUGGUUUCACGGUGGUGUGUCCAGAAAGGAAACGCAGAGACUGAUAGAAAAGCAGGGCCUGGUCGAUGGGAUGUUCCUGAUCCGUGAGAGCCAGCAGCACGCGCAGUGCUUUGUCCUCUCGCUGUGUUACAAGCUGAAGACCAAACAUUACCUGGUAAUCCCUGUGAGUUCCCUUCCUUCUCUUCAAAACACCUCCAUUCUCUCAAGGAAACACGCACACACACACACACACACACACACACACACACGCGACGCACCGCACUUCUUUAUUGUGUGUCCUAAAGCCCAGUUCAGACCAAAGAUUUGCGGCGAGAGAGAGCCGGCUGACGUCAUCGCCCGCCACUUGGCUGGUCGAGUCGCCAGAGGCUGGUGUUAGAACGUAAGGGACGUCCGCUGUUUCAACAGCCAAUCAGCUCCUAGUUACAAACUAUCAGCUGGGCCAAAUGUUUUUUGACGGAGACUUAAAGCGUAAAAGUCUCGCCCAAAUGCAGCCU